AUAUUCAGACUGUAAAGGGGCUGUACAGGGUCUUAUCCCUUGAUAGUAAAAUAAAUAAUUGUAAAAUAUGUAAACACACACACACACACACACGCACACAAACAUAUGCAACACAAACAUAACACACAAAAGCAAGACGUGCUUUCACUUUAACGGUUGGGUUGAAAUGACCCCUUGGGUCAUUUGACCCCUUGGGUCAUUUGACCGGGGAACGUGUGUAAUGUGUAUGAGUAUUUUUAGCAUGAGGAUAUAUGUAGUCAAGGAGCUGCUGCCUUCUGACAGACAAACACUUACACACAUUAACACACACACACACACACACACACACACACACACACACACACACACACACACACACACACACACACACACACACACACACACACACACACACACACACACACACACAUAGAGGAGCAGAACCCCGCCCCCCUCCCAGAUUGGACAACAAGGUACCAAACCUGCACUAGCUAGCAGCUAGCAUGACUCAAUAGCACUAGCACACUAGGCUAAUGGGCUUGCCUCGGGAGACUCAGGUUGUACUGGGCAGCUCCAAGAAUAACCAGUAGAAGACUGUGGUUGUACUGGCCAGCUCCAGUGUCCAACAGUAGAGACUGUGGAGUAUAACCAGUAGAUGUGACUGGUUUACACUGGGAAGCUACAAAUUUCAUAAUGGGAAAUGAACCACUGGUGGCAACAUAUUUUGUGGGGCUUUCUGUGAGGAUGACCGUCAGCAGCCGUCACAAGCCUUCUCCGGUCGUUCUCUCUUAAGCCUCGUGCUGGCGGGUGACAGCAGGCUGGGGAUGGACCAGCUGGAGGACCUGAACCACCUGGUGGAGCUGGAUGACCUAGAGGCCCAGUACAGCCUGGAGGAGAGUCUGCAGGACAGGAACCCUGGAGCAGCCCAGGACACCAGCAGCAGUUCUGCAGAGAGCAAAGAGAUCUUCCGAGCAAUCAGAGAAGGUGAUGAGAGCUUGCUCAAGGCGCUAUGUGCUGGAGAGAAAGACAGGUUUAAAGAGACAGACAGCAUUGGAUGGAUUCCACUUCACGAGGCUGCGGCACAGAGAAACAAGACCAUCCUAGAGCUCACAUACAGAGCGUCCGGGAAUGGCACUCUAGAGUGUCGGAAUGUUUGUGGGCAGACGGCCCUCAUGGUGGCGGUGGGGCGGGGCCUAAAGGAGAACGUCUUCUACCUGCUACAGCAGGGGGCGGGGCCCGACACCUCAGACAACAACAAGGACACACCCCUACAGCUCGCCGUGCGCUCUGGUCGCCCUGACCUGGUGGAAGUGCUGCUGUCUGGCGGCUGCAGUGUGAACCAGAGGGGCGUGUACGGGAGGACGGCCGUCCACGAGGCGGCCCAGCAGGGGAGCCUGCCGACGCUGCUCCGUCUGCUGGAGGUCGGAGGUCAGGUGGACCCCCGCAGCAACUAUGACCUCACACCCCUCGCCCUCGCCACCCUGGCCGGACACACAGACCUAGUCAGCACCCUCCUGGAGAGAGGGGCGAGUGUGUCCUCCCAGGCCAAGGACGGGGCGUCCAUCUUGUACGAGUCGUGUGCGCGCGGGGUGCCUAGCAUCAUCCGGCAGCUGCUAGCGCACGGAGCCGAUGCUAACGUCACCAAACUCACUGGACACCUACCGCUCCACAGGGCUGCCCACCGAGGACACCUGGAGGCUGUAGAGUUGUUGAUUCCGUGCACGUCUUUGGUGUGUAUUGAGGAAAGCGGGAUGAGUCCUCUACAUGCGGCUGCAGGUGGGGGACACACAUUCUGUAUCAAGGCCUUGCUUGACGCAGGCUAUGACCCUAACUUCAUGCUCCAUCACUGUGUACGCCGUAACUAUGACGACGAGAGGAGGUCUGCGCUGUCCUACGCCGUCUCCAACAGCGACCUGGCCUCAGUGAGGUUGCUGCUGGCCGCUGGAGCCCGGACCAACCAGGACCCGGUCAGCUGUCUGCAGAUGGCGCUUCGUCUGGGUAACUUUGAGCUGAUCCACCUGCUGCUGCAGUCCGGAGCCAACGUCAACUACUACUCUAUGGUCAACACUACCCACUACCCCUCCGCUCUGCAGUACGCCCUCCGAGACCCUGUGUUACUAAGGAUGCUGUGUAACUAUGGGUACGACGUGAAACGCUGUUUUGACUGCCGCUAUGGAGACGCUUCCCAUGUACCUGACGAUUAUGAGGGCUGGAGCGAUACUGUUAUCAAAGAUACCAUGUUCUGUGAAGUGAUGACGAUCUCCUGGCUCCGUCACCUGACCGGUCAUGUGGUCCGUAUCCUUUUGGACUAUGUAGAUCAUGUGACCCUCUGCUCGCAGAUCCAAUCAGCUCUCAGGGGGCAGGAGCAAUGGGCGGAGAUCUGUCACAUCCAGGAGAGUGCCCGCUCCCUGCAGCAUCUCUGUCGCCUGGCCAUCCGCAGACGUCUGGGCCUCCGUAAGCUCCGGGCGCCCGUCUUCAUCAGCCUCCUGCCAUUGCCCCGGCGACUGAAGGACUACAUCCUGUUCAGGGAGCAUGACCUGUACAGCCAGCACGAAACCCAGCCCUGAUAAACAUCGUGUGUGUGUGUGUGUGUGUGUGUGUGUGUGUGUGUGUGUGUGUGUGUGUGUGUGUGUGUGUGUGUGUGUGUGUGUGUGUGUGUCAUUAAGCGUGCCAUAUCAAGUUUUGUUCCCAAUUCCAUUAGAAUACUCCAGUCAUAGUUAUUUAAGGUUUGGUUCUUGCCUACUUGAACGGUUGUCAACCGUCUUGGUGGACCCUGGACCACAUUUUAGGCCAGAUGCGGAGAGUUGACACUGCUGUUUACAUGCACUUGUUUAUGUCUUCAACUUGUAUGUUGUCACAGAUGUCCUAACUUGUAACCAUACGAAAAAGGUUCCUUACGGAAUGAUAAAUGUAGUUGAUUUGAGACAAAUUAAACCAUUACUUUUAAUAGAUGGUCAAAUUAUAGUAUUUGGUUGUUAAGAACCAUAGAUUCCGUUUAACACACUAAAUCAAAUACUAUACAUCACAACAGGCCUAAAUAAAGUAAAGUAGUUAUUUAGAUAUAUUUUUUAUAAAAUUGGCUUUCUUGAGCAUUCAUUAUGAUCUCGAAUGACCACUGUGAAUAUAUUAAUCAUUAUCCGUAUCCGUAUCUGUUUAAAUGCAUUCAUUUGUGUGUGUGAAAUAAAUACCUUCAGUAAAAUAAACCCAAA